AUGCCAGCUCAGGUCAUCAUCAUGGUGACUUUCGCAGAGACCAAUGCGCUGGAGCUAUGUGAGCCGGUGUAUGUGAACACCUGCCUUUCUCCAGCCCUGCGCAAGAAGAAGAUGCUCUGGCAAAAGGCUGUUAAACAUGUUAUAGUUCAACAGGAACUCUCUGCUCAGGUGGGUGUCGAGCCAUAUAGGCAGAUAUUAGUGACUGAUGCAUACAUGCAGGAGAUCAAUCGGCAGAUCCGGAGUCGGGUUUUACGUGGAGUUACAAAGAGACGCUCGUCAUGCUUCAGAGUUCACCCCCAGAGAGGCUCUAACAACAGUACUGGAGGAACAUACCAUGACUAUGCCAGUGAUGCGGACUUCUUUGUGCGCUGGGGCGCCUGUUGGUUAUCACAGACUGCACAGGUGCUCGGAGGAUUAGGUUAUGGACUGGAGAAAGACCCCUCGUGGUACGUCUUAUUCUCACUUUUUGCUACUUAUACUCUACUACCGUUACCGCUGCUGUGGGCCAUGUGCGCUGGCUGUCUGACCACAGUGCUACAUCUUCUAGUGGAGAUGACACGUUCAUACACUGAUCCAGUCCUCAUAAGACAGGUAAUUGCCAAAGGUCUCCUUUAUUUGGGCAUGAACACAGCUGGUUUGUGCAUUCACUACUUGACAGACCAUGCUCAGAGACAGGUUUUUCUGGAGACACGUCGCUGUAUUGAGGGCCGUCUCAAAUUAGAGCAAGAGAACCAAAGACAGGAGCGGCUGGUACAGUCUAUUCUGCCUCGAUUUGUUGCCUUAGAGAUGAUUUCUGAUAUGAACUCUAUGGACGAUGAUAUCUUAUCUCAGGAGGUUCACAAGAUUAGCAUUCACCAAUACAGAGAUGUCAGCAUCCUUUUUGCUGAUAUCAAGAAUUUUACACUUCUGUCCAUAACUUUGUCAGCGCAUGACCUCGUCCGCAUAUUGAAUGAACUUUUUGGACGUUUUGACCAUUUGGCAGAGGAGCAUCACUGUUUGAGGAUUAAAUUACUUGGAGAUUGUUAUUACUGCGUGUCUGGUGUUCCUGAACCACAACGUGCACAUGCCCAACAUUGUGUUGAGAUGGGCUUGGCUAUGAUCAACACUAUUAGAUAUUUACGCAAACGGAUGAACUUGGACAUGGAUAUGAGGAUUGGGAUCCACUCAGGGUCCAUUCUAUGUGGUGUUCUUGGCCUACAGAAAUGGCAGUUUGAUGUCUGGUCUUGGGAUGUUUGCAUUGCUAAUAUGCUUGAGGCUGGAGGUGUGGCAGGACGAAUCCACAUCUCUCGAGCGACGUUGGAUUGUUUAGAGGGUUUGUAUAAAACUGAAAAUGGUCAUGGCCAAGAGAGGAACGACUUCUUACGCAAUCACAAUAUCGAAACAUUCCUUAUUCGCCCUGAAUAUGAAGACAUGAACAUGAGCUCUACGCCUAAAGUCAGGACAAUUAAAACCUGGAAUCCAGAUGCACCGUUGGGAAAAGUGACAGACACAAAUGGGAUUCUGGCUUCAUUUACAAAUGGAUCACUAACCAACGUCUGGCAGUCCACCUCCAAAGAGAUUAUCAAAAGGAUUAAACAUGCUAUAGAGGUUCGCAGCAGUGACCUUAUGCACAUGGAGCAUAUCACACAGUUGACCCUCGUCUUCAAGAACAGCCAUAUAGAGGAAAAAUUUUCACAGAUGAGAGAUGAAAUGUUCAACUCCAACUUGGUGUGCUCAUUCGUGAUGCUGCUGUUUCUCAUGUCGGCUCAGGCUCUCAUCCCUGCUCCAAGGAUAUCGCCAGCAAUCCACCAGUUGUCUGUCUUUUUAUUCGCCUACCUGCUCCUGCUUCUGAUCGUUCUGGCCGAGGAGUUUAAGUGGACGCCUGUAGCGCUGCAGCAGUUCUGUUGCUGGAUCCACGAGAACAACCGCGCUCGCAACAUCCUCACACUAACUGCCCUCGUUCUGAACUUUGCCCUCGCCUCGACUAACAUGGUGUGGUGCAUUGUAACAGACAGUGGAGAGAGUAUCGUCAGCGACAGGACAGCAGCACUGCCGCUUACAGUCUGCACCUACCCUGAAAUUUUUGUGCUGAGUAGUGUCAUCGCCAUGGUUACUUGUGCCGUCUUUCUGCGUCUUAACUCCGUUUUGAAGCUCGCCUUUUUACUCCUGGUUGUAGUCAUCGAUUACUACCUCAUUCACACAGCGUUUGCAUCUCUCACACGUCAAGACACGCUGCAGAGAUCACAUCACAUCCGAAGAAAGGGAAUAUCCGUUCUUGUCCUGCUUAUGUUUAUUUUUGCUGUCUACUACAAUGGUCGACAGUGGGAGGCUACAGCUCGACUUGAUUUCCUCUGGCGCUUGCAGGCCCAACAGGAAGUACAAGACAUGAAAGAAUUGAGGGAACAUAAUGAGAGUCUGCUGUAUAAUAUUCUCCCUGUCCACGUAGCAAGACAUUUUCUGGAUCGAAGCAAAAACGAUGAGGAACUGUACUCUCAGUCAUACGAUGAAGUCGGGGUCAUGUUUGCCUCAAUUGCUGGAUUUGAUGAUUUCUUUGAAGAGAAAGAGAUCAAGCAUGAAGGAGUGGACUGUCUCCGACUUCUGAAUGAAAUCAUUUCUGGAUUUGAUGAGUUGCUAGAAGAAUCCUACUUCCAGUAUGUGGAGAAAAUCAAGACCAUUGGUAGCUGCUACAUGGCGGCUUCUGGCCUGGCUCCAGACAAACAGACACACAUGGACGAGUGGAAUCACCUGAGCGAGCUGGUUUUGUUUGCAUUAGCCAUGGACGAGACCCUUAAAGAGAUCAACAAACACUCAGCCAAAGACUUCAAGCUUCGUGUGGGUAUUGCUCAUGGACCAGUGAUAGCGGGAGUGAUCGGAACCACCAAGCCACAGUAUGAUAUUUGGGGGUCAACUGUUAAUCUAGCCAGCCGAAUGGACAGCACCGGGGUGAGUGGACGGAUUCAGGUCCCAGAGGCCACACGCAAAGUCCUGGCAGAGUGGGGCUUCGUCCUGGACCUCCGAGGGGAGAUCUUUGUCAAAGGGGUGAGUGAGCACCAGGGUAAAGUUCGAACGUACUUCAUCAGCACCAUACGCCACAAGACGGCCAGCGUCUCCAUGUUUGCUCGCUCAGGAAGAGAUCGAAAAACAGAGCGGAUAACUUUGGCUGGAGUUGUGUAUGGCCUCCUUCAGGCCCGACAAAAAGAGAAAAGCAGAGAGACAAACGGAGGAUACGGUCUUGCCUCACCCAGCUUCAAUUGCUAA